GGGGAAGGCGGCUUUAGCGGCAGCAUGAAGCACGCUCGGACCGAAGAGGAACGAGAGCGCGACGCAAAGGGUGCUUUAAUCAGUGGAGCUGAAUCCUUAUCCAGAACCCUUGAUGCAGAGGAGCCUGGGAAAUGUACUUCUUAUCUUUCCAUUCUGUGCAGUGCAGAAACGGAGGCUUCUUGAGGAGCUAAAUGACACUUGGCUUCCUUAUCUGACUCCUAAAGAUGAUGAAUUCUAUCAGCAGUGGGAGCUGAAAUACCCUAAGGUGAUUCUCCGAGAAGCAGGCAGUGUGUCGGAAGAGCUCCACAAAGAGGUGCAGGAGGCCUUUCUCACAUUGCACAAGCAUGGCUGCUUAUUUCGGGACCUAGUGAGGAUCCAAGGCAAAGAUAUUCUCACUCCAGUGUCUCGCAUCCUCAUUGGGAAUCCUGGCUGCACCUACAAGUACCUGAAUACUAGGCUUUUUACAGUACCCUGGCCUGUUAAGGGGUCUGAUGUAAGCUACACUGAGGCAGAGAUUGCUGCUGCUUGUCGGACCUUUCUUAAGCUCAAUGACUAUCUGCAGAUAGAAACCAUCCAGGCUUUGGAAGAACUUGCUGUCAAAGAGAAGACCAAUGAAGAUGCCACGCCAGUGUGUAUGACUGAGUUCCACAGAGUUGGGAUGAGGUCAUCCUGUGAUGAAGCAGAUACGAAGAGCAGAGCAGCAUAUAACGUCACUUUGCUGAAUUUCAUGGAUCCUCAAAAGAUGCCAUAUUUGAAAGAGGAGCCUUACUUUGGUAUGGGGAAAAUGGCAGUGAGCUGGCACCAUGAUGAAAACCUGGUGGACAGGUCAGCAGUAGCAGUGUACAGUUAUAGCUGUGAAGACUCUGAAGGAGAAAGUAAGGAGGAUUCUCAUCUGGAAGGCAGAGAUCCGGCUACCUGGCAUGUUGGUUUUAAGAUCUCCUGGGAUAUAGAGACGCCUGGUUUGGCAAUACCCCUUCACCAAGGAGACUGCUAUUUUAUGCUUGAUGAUUUCAAUGCCACCCAUCAGCACUGUGUUUUGGCUGGAUCACAGCCUCGGUUUAGUUCUACCCAUCGAGUGGCAGAGUGCUCUACAGGAACCUUGGAUUAUAUUCUACAGCGCUGCCAGUUGGCUGUGCAAAAUAUCCGUGAUGAUGUGGAUAAUGGUGAUGUCUCUUUGAAAUCCUUUGAACCUGCAGUUUUGAAACAGGGAGAAGAAAUUCACAAUGAGGUCGAGUUUGAGUGGCUGAGACAGUUUUGGUUUCAAGGCAGUCGAUACAGAAAAUGUACUGAUUGGUGGUGUGAACCCAUGACUCAGCUGGAGAGGCUGUGGAAGAAGAUGGAAAGGGUGACAAAUGCUGUGCUUCAAGAAGUUAAAAGAGAGGGACUCCCCGUGGAACAAAGGAAUGAGAUGCUGACUGCCAUCCUUGCCUUGCUCACCACCCGCCAGAACCUGCGGAGGGAAUGGCAAGCCAGAUGCCAGACCCGAAUUGCCCGAUCUUUGCCAUGGGAUCAGAAACCAGAGUGUCAGCCCUACUGGGAGCAGGAUGAUCCCUCGAUGCCUCUGCCCUUCGAUCUCACAGAUGUUGUUUCAGAACUCGGAGAACUCAGAACAGCCAGUGGUCCCAGACCUCCGACCUAGCACAGCAACAUGCUAAGCACUGUCUUCCGGCUCAGAAGCAGGCUGUGGUCCUCAACAGUUUGCAGCAGACCCCAUGGCUGCCCAUUACCACCUACCACGGACCUGACCUGUGUUGCAUCUCCUCUUGGGAGCUUUCCAGACCUUGCACCCUGUAGGAGAAAUGAGUAGUGUUUAGUGCUCACCCCAAUCUUCGUGUAUCCUUGCUGAACUGUACUGUGAACUGCUUGUACAAAUGCCAUUUGUAUCAUUAAACAUUCGGAUAAAAUAAAGAUGUUAAGGACA